CCUGUGUUUAUUAGGAGGAAGCUGAAAAAGCAAGACUCAUCUGAACCAGAACUGGACUCUGUGUCCAUCAAGACUGGCUUCACUGGAAAACAUCCUCAUAAUUUAAGGAAAAGGCCCCGCCCUGUGGAUCAAAGAGUGGAGCAGCAGAACUCAGAGGUUCCCAGAGCUCAGUCUGUCCAGAAGCAUCACCUGGACUCCAUAUUCAUGCUGCUGGAGGACAACAUGGUGACUUUUGUGAAGAAGGAGCUGAAGAAGAUGCAGAAGGUUGUGAGUCCAGAUUACCCAGAAUGCUCAGAGAGUCAGAGGGAGGAUGAGGAGGAGUUGGAGUAUGAUGAUGAAGAUGAGAGGAGCAGCAGAGAGAUGUUUGAGCAGAUCACAGUGUCUUUCCUGAGGAGGAUGAAGCAGGAGAAGCUGGCUGACUGUCUGCAGAGCAAACUUGUUGCUCCAGUUUGUAGACGUAAACUUAAACGUGGUCUGAAGAAGAAGUUCCAGAGAGUGUUUGAGGGCAUGGCUAAAGCAGGACAGCCGACCCUCCUGAAUGAGAUCUACACAGAGCUGUACAUCACAGAGGGAGGGACUGCAGAGGUCAAUGAUGAACACGAGGUCAGACAGAUUGAAGCAGCAUCCAGGAAAGCAGACAGAGCAGAAACAAGCAUCAGAGCAGAAGACAUCUUUAGAGGCUCACCUGGAAGAGAUGGACCAAUCAGAACAGUGAUGACACAGGGAGUGGCUGGCAUCGGGAAAACAGUGUUAACACAGAAGGUGACUCUGGACUGGGCUGAAGACAAAAGCAACCAGGACAUCCACUUCAUGUUUCCAUUGACUUUCAGAGAGCUGAAUGUGCUGAAAGAGAGAAAGUUCAGUUUGAUGGAACUUGUUCAUCACUUCUUCAGUGAAACCAAAGCAGCAGGAAUGUGCAGGUUUGAAGACUUCCAGGUUGUGUUGAUCUUUGACGGUCUGGAUGAGUGUCGCCUUCCUCUGGACUUCCACAACAAUGAGGUCCUGACUGAUGUUAGAGAGUCCACCUCAGUGGAUGUGCUGCUGACAAACCUGAUCAGGGGGAAUCUGCUUCCCUCUGCUCGCCUCUGGAUAACCACACGACCUGCAGCAGCCAAUCAGAUCCCUCCUGACUGUGUGGACAUGGUGACGGAGGUCAGAGGGUUCACCGACCCACAGAAGGAGGAGUACUUCAGGAAGAGAUCCAGAGAUGAGGAGCAGGCCAGCAGCAUCAUCUCCCACGUGAAGACAUCACGAAGCCUCCACAUCAUGUGCCACAUCCCAGUGUUCUGCUGGAUCACUGCUACAGUUCUGGAGGAGCUGCUGAGAAGCAGAGAGGGAGGAGAUCUGCCCAGAACCCUGACUGAGAUGUUCAUCCACCACCUGGUGGUUCAGACCAAAGUCAAGAAGGUCAAGUAUGAUGGAGGAGCUGAGACAGAUCCACACUGGAGUCCAGACAGCAGGAGGAUGAUUGAGUCUCUGGGAAAACUGGCUUUUGAGCAGCUGCAGAAAGGAAACCUGAUCUUCUAUGAGUCCGACCUGACAGAGUGUGGCAUCGAUGUGGAAGCAGCCUCAAAGUACUCAGGAGUGUUCACACAGAUCUUUAAAGAGGAGAGAGGACUGUACCAGGACAAGGUAUUCUGCUUCGUGCAUCUGAGUGUUCAGGAGUUUCUGGCUGCAGUCUACAUGUUCCACUGUUACACCGACAGGAAGGAGAAGGUUCUGGAGGACUUCCUGGGAGAAGACUGGAACAGAGACACUCUGGAUGUGUUCCUGAAGAGAGUCAUGGAGAAAUCCCUCAGAAGUAAAAAUGGUCACCUGGACCUGUUUGUUCGUUUCCUUCAUGGCCUCUGUCUGGAGUCCAACCAGAGACUCUUAGGAGGUCUGCUGAGUCGGACAGAGAACCGUCCAGAAAUGAUCCAGAGAGUCAUCAACAACCUGAAGAUGAUGAAGAGUGAUGAAAUGUCUCCAGACAGAAGCAUCAACAUCUUCCACUGUCUGAUGGAGAUGAAGGAUCUCUCAGUACAUCAGGAGAUCCAAGAGUUCCUGCAGUCAGAGAACAGAUCAGAGAAGGAACUCUCUGAGAUCCACUGCUCAGCUCUGGCCUACAUGCUGCAGAUGUCAGAGGAGGUUCUGAAUGAGCUGGACCUGGACAAGUACAACACAUCAGAGGAGGGAAAACAGAGACUGAUUCCAGCUGUGAGGAACUGCAGAAAGUUUCGAUUUUCUAACUGUAAACUCUCAGAGAGUCACUGUGAAGUCGUGGCCUCAGCUCUGAAGUCCAACCCCUCCCAUCUGAUAGAAAUGGGCCUGAGUAGAAACUACCUGCAGGAUUCAGGAGUGAAGCAUCUUUGUGAUGGACUGCAGAGUCCAAACUGUAAACUGGAGACUCUCAGAUUGAUGAACUGCGGUUUGUCAGAGAUCAGCUGUGAUUCUCUGGUCUCAGCUCUGAAGUCCAACCCCUCCCAUCUGGAACAUCUGAACCUGAGCUGGAAUGACCUCCAGGAUUCAGGAGUGAAACAUCUGAGUGGUUUUGUGGAGAGUCCAGACUGCAUCCUGAAGACUCUGAGAUUGAGGGGCUGCAGGUUGUCAGAGAUCAGCUGUGAUUCUCUGGUGUCAGCUCUGAAGUCCAACCCCUCCCAUCUGGAACAUCUGGACCUGAGCAACAACUGGAACUUGCAGGAUUCAGGAGUGAAACAUCUGAGUGGUUUUGUGGAGAGUCCAGACUGCAUCCUGAAGACUCUGAGAUUGGAGUGGUGCGGUUUGUCAGAGAUCAGCUGUGAUUCUCUGGUCUCAGCUCUGAAGUCCAACCCCUCCCAUCUGGAACAUCUGGACCUGAGAAGAAACAAUCUGAAGGAAUCAUCAGUGAAACAUCUGUUAGAUCUUGUGAAGAGUCCAGACUGCAGCCUGAAGACUCUGAGAUGGAAGUGAUGCUGAUCAGGACGGUGUUUGUGGUGAGAGGAUGAAGUGUGUCCUGAUGAUCCAGAGGUUGAAGCAGCAGCAGCAGCAGCUGGUGUGUAGAGACUCUGACUGGACCAUGUAACUGGGAGGUGGACUGGGAACCAGUAUGAAGUGUGUUGUUCCUGUAUAGUUUAGUGUUGCAGCUCCACACUGUGAAUGAUGGACAAGUUCAGUUCAUGUUGACUUGAUCCGUUGGAGGUUGAUGAUGUUCAGACUCAGGUUUUCUAAUGUUAAUAUUCAGAUGAAAAUAAACAGACUUUCAGUUUUGUUUUGUUUUUUUUUACAGAUUUUAUAGAAGCAGCUGCAGCUCAUUCAUUGACUUCUUCUAUAUUGUCUAAAUGUCUUCUUACCUGGACAGGUGUAAAAAAUGUGAGUGUCCACAUUUGACCUUCAGCUGCUCAAAUGAUUCCUUAGUCUUUGGUAAACUGUCUGAUAUUCUAAUAUUUCCAUCGUGUGGAGGCUGUAAUUAUCACCAACACUUUAAUUAACCUCAAGAAGAUGACAGAAGGAAGUCAUUGACGUGUUUUACUGGACAACAAGUGAACUAUGUCCAGUUUAUCAGAGAAAUCACUGAUAUCUGUAUUAAUACACAUUAAUGUCUCAGGAGUUGUUGAGAUCUUCAGCAGUGAGGCUCAGAGGAGUCCUUUACUGUGAUUUCUCUGUUGGUGGGAAUGUUGUUGCUUUUUACAUCUGAGUUUCUUUGUGUUGAGCCUCCGUUUCUUAACUUCCUGUUUGACAUCUGGAGACAACAAAGACGUUCUAAGUUCUAACUUGGGUCUGAUGUUUCUUCAAUGAACCAAUCAUGUUUUCAAAGAUACUGCAGUAAAUAAUGAAUAUUAGAGCUAAAAUACUACAGUAAAUGACAGAUUUAUGAUUUAAUAUUCAGGGUAAAAUAUUGCAAUAAACGAUGAAGAAUGCAGUUAAAAUACUACCGUAAAUGACGAAUACUACAGAUAAAAUACUGCAGUUAAUGAUUAAUAGUACAGGUAAAAUACUGCAGUAAAUAAUGACAGUGGCAUGUCUGAAGUAAAUACAUAAUUAAAACAGAUGUGUGGAUUCAUGAAAAGUAUGUUUAAAAUGUUUGCUUAUGUGACAUUGAACAUGUACUACAGUUCCUGGUUUGUCUUUUCCAAUUUUAUUCAGUGGAUUAAAUAUUUAUUCAGUUUUUCCUGUAAAUAAACAUAUGUGU